UAACAUAAUCUCUGUUAAAGAGUGGAUUUGGAACAAAAGAAAUAACUAUAAUUAUCCAGAAUCAGUCAAUAUUUCAUCUCUUGAUGAAUCAGUAUUACCUAUUGAAAGGUUAUGGUUCGGAAAUACUGCAGAUGAUAUCAACAACCGUAUGAAAACUUUUUUAUUCUGUAUGAAAUGUGAUACUAAAUUGAUAUUAAAUUUAUCAUAUGUUCCUAAGCAUUUAAUUAUUUUCUGUUGUGUUUUGAGAUAUAUAAUAUCACAUCCUAAUGGACCAGUGUUAUAUAAAGAAGAAUUUGAUUGUUUUUUAGCACAAGCUGUAUCACACACCUUGCUAGAUUCAAGUUUUAAUCAUAAUAUUGAAAUAACUGAACUUACUGUACGAGGUGUAUUAUUAGCGUCUUUUUUUAUGCAUGGUGUUGAACAUGCAAUAUUUAUUAAUGAAAUAUGUGGUUUACCUAUUCCUCCUGCUAUGUAUUAUCCAUUUCUUUACUUUGAUGGAAAACGGUUUCAAGAUAAAUUAUCAAAAAUAAACAAAGGGAAAGAUAUUGUUGAACUCUGUGAUGGAAAUCUUAAUGAAGUGGCAGUCCUCGAGAAACUGAGAACAGCAAUACUUGAUGGAUUGACUGUUCAUUUUGCCUUUCCAUUAGUAAAACAGACAAAAAGUCAAAUGUAUAAAGAUGCUAAAGAGUCAAAUGCUAAAGAAUAUGUUGAAAAUAAAGAAAAAUUCAUACCUGCUGGAUAUUCUUUUAAUCUUGGAGGGGAGCUUCAAGUUGCUGGUAUGGUGGUUGGAAAAUGGGCAUCCAGCAUUAAAAAAAAAGCUUACUGUCGAGGGAAUCCAGUGCAAAUGGAUAAAAGUACCUCAUUACGAAAAGUCGGAAGAUGUUUUAAAACAGAAAAACAAAAUUAUCAACAAAAAAGUACAAAUUAUAUGUAUAGAAAUAAGGAAGUUGAUCGUGGAUUUGGCCAACUACUAAAAAACAAGAGAGAGAAAAAGUUAGGAAAUAAUAUCGCAGAAGGAAUGAAAAAAAUGAAUUUAGGUUUGGGUAGAGGGUGUACGAUGGAGACGAAAAGUAAAGUGUUGCCCGUCGGCCAGCUGAAGGAGGACUCUGACCAUUCGGACACCGAAAAUAACGAAAUAACCGUGGAAGAAAACGAAAGGGAAAUAUUUUCGGCGGAAGAGGAGAAACCGACACGAACGGAAGAAGGCGACGAUGGAGAUCUCAUUCCUCAGUUUACCCUAAACAGUUAUUUGUCUCUGAAAACCGAAAAUUGAAACUAUUCGACUAAUGGCCCUGAUGCCGUGUUAAAUGUUUUCCUCUUCGUCCGUCUGUAAAACCGGCGAAAGGAGGAGGAGACCCGCCGUUUUUUAAUGGGUAAAAUUUACCGAUUUACUAGCAAGGACCCCUCGCUCGUCGGCGGGAGCAGAUAUUUCCUAUAAAUUAUAAUUUCCGGAGAAACGUACGGUUUCUACGUUUCUCUCUUAUUUUACGGAAAGACGACAAAUGAAGUUUGUGUUGGUCCGGAAAUCGCCAAAAUAAUUAAUUUAGGAACGAUUUUCAC